UGUCCGAGUAUAUUGUUUUGAUUCGGGUUAAACGACGCUUCCCAUAUUUUCCCUGGAAUGGUUUAGUUGCGGGUUAUAUAUCCUGUACAAUGUACGCAAGCUGAUAUAUAUGAUAUAGGGUAGUAUAUAUGUAUAGGUUGGUAAAUGAUAUAUAUAGUGUUAGAUUUGUUUGCAUUGUUUAGGCAGAUAAUCCACCUGUGUUAAAUAGACCAAUGUGUUUAAAUUUUAGAUUGUUUAUUUGGCAUAAAGUGCAUUAUGACAACACGAGCUUAUACCUCAGCAACAGAAGUUAUCAGUAACGCCACAUGCACAAGAGAAAAACGGUUGGACCUCAUCGCAUUCUCAUGUUUUAUUCUUUUAGAGAUAAUACUGAACAUUGUCAUAGUGAUAGCGACAUGGGUAAACCGGAAAAAGCUACGUCAUAACUACGUAUACGCCCACGUGACUAGUAUGGUUAUGGCAAACGUUGUAUUGGGGAUUACGUUGUUUUACACCAUGCUAAAUUAUUUACUAAUGUUUGAACGACCCUAUCCAUUUACUGGGGACGACAGGUACGAUGCGAACAAUAAAAGUCAAAACUCAAUUAUGACUUGGUGGUCGCUACGGAAAACUUUCACUAUGGGUUUAUUCUUAACAUUCAGUGGAAAUGUGGCCGCUUUGAUCAAAGGCAUUUCUACAAGCACAUACUUUGUCGGGAGGAUGGGCGGUAGCACAGGAACUAAAUCAAUAACUGAAGGAAUCAUGACUCGUCGACGAAAGGUUUACUUAAGCAUUGCAGUGACCUGGUUACUUCCCAUCAUGUAUUGCAUCCCUUCGUUGAGUGGCUGGAACUGUUUGGAAUAUUGCUCAUGCUUGCCAGGAUAUUACGCCGACUAUUAUUGUAUUUCUGUAAGAUACCCCGAACUCUGCUCAAAUCUUUGGUACCCGAUGACAAAAUGCCAUUUGUUAAUUGCUGGGUUGGUGUGGCUGAUUUUACUGAUAAUAAUUAUCAUACUGUUGGUCAUGACUGUGAAAAAAUACUACAGAACUGCCCAAGUUUCUCAACCAUCAAUAACUACGGACAAAGUUUCAGAAUGCGAAAUGAGUGAAGAUGGAAAUGUUGCGCAAGAUGAGAAAUACGAAGCGGAAGUCACUCAAGUAAAGACCAGAAAACGUUUGCCUUUGCACACAUCAAUCAAGCUGCUGAUAUUCCUUGCUGUAUCUUACACCCUAUGUACAGCUCCUGUUAUGUUCUACCUGAUGCUGGAUCCAAUAUCUAACAUUGGGACUGCAAAGGUAGCAAGCCUUGUAGCAACUCUUGCAUCUGUGCUAGUAGUAGUAUACAGCUUCAUAUGCCCUAUCUUGCUUAUAAUGUAUAUGCCUAGGCUUCGUACUGCUGUGAUAAGUAUAUUGUUGCCUUGUGAUUGUACAUCAGUAACCACUGUGAACAGGGUGCGAUCGUUUCCAACUAGUUAGUGUGGCCGUGUAAC